AUGUCAAGCGGUGGUGUCUUCUACACCCUCGGGAUCGUACUCGCGAUAGUCGUGAUGCUGCUCUUCCUCCGCAGCGUCUUUAUCCGUCGUGCGCGCACCGCGUAUGCCACCGGCCCCCGCGUGGUCGUCGUCGGCGGAGACUGGCGCGAUGGCGGAAUCGGCGGGAUAGGCGGACGAGAAUACCAAACUCCGACGCGGUUUGCCACCCUCCCUCCCGUCCCACGCACGUCAGUAGUGGCUGCAGCAGCGACAACGGGCCGCCAGCGGGGGGGCGACCUCGACGCCGAUGCUAACGAGCAGUUGCCAAAGUACGAAGCGGCGCCGCCGAUGUACGAUACGCUGUACAAAGACGGGCCGCCGCCGACGAUGGCGCAGGGGACGAUGAGUGACCUGGGAAGCAGCUCCUCGGCCGCUGUACUUCCUCCUCCUCCUCUACCCGCGCAUACCGCGCUGCUGCACCCCCAGUCCCAGUCCCAGUCCGGUGAGGUCGUGAUCAACGUCGAGCCGCCGUCACAGCCCGGGUCGAUGCCGCCGCCGCCGCCCGCUCAGGAGGACGGUAACGUUGCGGGACGAGCGUGGGCACGGCUAACGGGGGGAUUGAACCGGCAAUGA